AUGACACAAGAGAUUAGAGCUCCUGAUCAAGCAGAAAUUGAUGAGUUUUGUGUGGCAUGUGGCCAAAAAGACCUGCAAAAAGUAUCUGAAAUGUGUGGGAAUAAUCGUAUUUUAGUAGAACAAUGUGAUAGCAAAUUGAGUCUAAAACCCCUUUUUCAUGCUGUUUUCUGUGGCUCGUAUGAGGUAACAUAUUUUCUUUUGGAAAAGGGUUCUGAUCCGAAUUGUAGAAACGCGAUAGGGGAAACUCCACUUCAUCAAGCUGCUGAUAACUCGGAGUUGAGGCUUGUAAGAGCUUUACUCGAAUUUAAUGCAAAUCCAAAUCUAAAAACAAAUGAUGGAGAAACACCUUUGCAUCAAGCGACAUUUAGAGGUGACGUUGGAAUUGUAGAGCUUUUGCUGCUAAGAGGUGCAAACCCAAAUGAAAAAAAUUCGGUAACCGGUAAAACUUCGUUGCAUAUUGCUGCAGAAUGCGAACAAGUUGAAUGUUUAAAGAUGUUAUGCUUCUUAUAACUGAUUAUAAAAAGAGCACAAUAGUCUUUUAAUUAAUUAAUAAUAGCAUAAAUAGUAUAUUAGAUUAUGGGGCAGAAGUAAGUAUCACAGACAACAAUGGAAAAUUUCCUGCAGAAUUGACUGAAAACUCAAUGAUCGUCAAUAUUUUAGAUAGCUAUUAUCAAAAGUUUGAUUUUGACAAUGGCAGUAGUUUAUUUAGUGUAAAAGAAGCACAAAUUGGAGAUGAAGAGACUGCCAGCACUGUCAGAAGUUUUCAGGGAAGUCCACAGCAUUCAAAGUAUAUGAGUAUCGCAUACAGUAUUGACUCAGAGAUGACCCUUUUUAUAGGAACAGACACAAUAAAUGACUGUAAAUCAGAAACCACAGGUUCAAGCAUCAAUGGAUCAGAAAGCUUUUUAGUCAGAGAAAAUUGCAAUAGCAUCAAUAUAUUUGAAGGUAAAGCUUUUUUAUUGAAAUUUUUGAAAAAUUUGAAGCUUGAACGCUAUUUUCAAGUUUUGGUUGACUCAGGAUUUGAUGAUCUUGACAGCAUGAUUGACCAGAUGAAAACCCCUUUGCCAAUCACACGUGAAGUAUUGUCUGGAAUUGGCAUCGAGAAACCAGGGCAUAUUUUUAGAUUGCUGAUGGGUUUGGAAUAUGAGUCAGGCAUCUAUGAUACGCCUUUAUCAGAGCAUUAUGACUCCAGAACUAAUCUUAUGCUAAAUGACUCUAAAACGGAAUUCCAGCAAUGGCUUGAAUCGAUAAAGCUAGGUCAUUUAUUUAUAUGUUUUGAAGAGAGUGGAUACGAUGAUAUUGAGAUGAAUAAAAAGGCUCCAUAUCCAAUGACAGUUUAUUUUUGACUGUGUACAUAACAUCGAAGCAUUUGAUCGAAAUUUAACGGUUUUUUUCGGUCAAGUUUAUCACUGUCAAAAAGUUUCAACCAAUUUUCGGCAAAAUGUACUUCGGUCAAAUGCACACUAUCAAAAGCUCACAAUUAUUGGACCUGCACCUUAAUAAAAAGCUUAUGUUCUCAAGAUAUCCUAUUACUGAUGAAGUUUUGAAAAAUGAAGUAGGCAUUGAUAAACGAGGAUACAGGUAUAGGAUUUUGGGUAAAAUUCACGAAGAAAUUUUGAGGAGUAAAUGUCCUGUUCUUCUUGAGACAAGAGAAAACACGAGAAAUUGUAGCCCAAGCUGCAGCAUUUUUUAA